UUUUAUUAAACAGAUAUUUAUCUGUCUUAACGUCUUAUUUUAUUUUAAUAUUUUUAUAACAAUAAAAAGUUUUAACACUGAACUAAAUUCUAGAAAAAUAGAAAGCGAUCAGUAGCAGUGGUUUGAAGUAUAUUAUUUAAUUAAUAAUCAAUGGCAGCAUGGUGCUACUCAUUAAUUGACGGACUCUAAAACAUGACUAUCGUUCUUUAACAUAAUGUUUGGGAACGUAGUGAAGCUCGAUUGGCAGAGUACUGCUGAGGGAGAAACUAUAAUGCAACAUUUUUACAAUCCACAGACAAACGGUAGAAAAUUUUUUGGACUGUUGGAACGACCUAUACUGCCAAACAUAGAAGAAGUGUCAUACAAAUUGUUUUUUGUUGGGAAAAGUGGAGCAGGAAAAUCAUCCACUAUUGCUCGAUUAGCAGGGAUAUUAAAUGUUGACGUAGACUAUGUAGAAACUCGUGGAAUACGUAAAAGUAACAUUUAUUGGCCUGUCAAAGUGUGGGAUAGAAUUAUUCUAUUUCGACUGCAAUGUUGGGACGCGGGUGACAGAGACAUUAAGAAAUUUGGACACAUAUUGCCGGUAUGUAAAGAAGAGGCAGAUGCCAUUGUGUUUGUAUUUUCCUUUACUGACCCUAGUGGAUUAAGUACUAUCUCAACAAAUCUUCCUAUAUACAUGAACGAUAAAAGUAAACCGGCUCCUAUUGUUAUUGGCACAAAGUAUUGUGCUGGUGAUUUUACUGCUAAAAUUACAAUUGAUGAUAUUGAUGAAUUUGAAAAAACACAAAAAAUUACUAUAUUGAAAAUAAAUAAAACAGAUGGUUCAAAUGAAACUGAGAUUACUGAGGAGAUUACAGCUUACACAUUAAAUGUAAUAUGUGAACAGUUGUGGAUAAGAGAUCAAAACUAUAUAUUAAAUCAAGAAAUGGAAUCUUUUCAAAUUAUAUGAUCUAAGUCAGUGGUUCUCAAGCUUUUUUGGUUCAUGGCACAUUAUUAUACAUCACAAGUUUUUGCUGCACACUCAACACAAAUGAAACAAAAUAAAGUACUGUUUGCAAUAUUUUUUACCAGCUUAAUUACAAAUAUUAGACAUUUGUGGYACACCGGUUAAGAAAUACUGAUCUAAGUGUUGAGGAUCGUGAUUUAUCUUUUAAUGGUAUAUUUAUAAAUCACAGAAUCAACAAGUAAUUGGUUAAUAAAAUAAACUUUGAUCAUUCUUGAAAAAUGGUAUGGUGACUAAAUUAUGUUGGUAUCAUAAGGUAAUAAUAUUAAUAUUAGUUUCAAAAAUUAUUAUCUAAUCACAUUAAAAAUAUCAUGUUUCAUAAAGAAAUAAUUUUGUAGCAAUAUACUUGAAAUGUAGAACAUAGUAUAAUAAGUAAAUAAUUGUUGUAGUUAAGUAUAUUAUGAUAGGACAAAAACCAAGGGGUGCAGUAAUACUUUCAGAAGUUCCUAUCCAGUUUUUUUUUUGUUCAAUAUACAAAAAUGAAGACCAUAUACCUUGAUUAACAUUAUAUAUAUAAAAAAAGAAUAUAAGUCACAAAUAGAAUAAAACAGAAUAAAAAUGUUCAACAAAUGUAAAUUGAGUCUCCAAAUUUAUCUAAUCAUUCUAAAGCUUAAGUAAUAUAAUUUAUUAUAUAUGUCAUGUUGUAAAGUGUAGGGAUAAGACAGGGUAAAAUUAUGAAUAGAAAAAAAAUGACAAAUUCUAUUUUCUUAUAAAUUAUUUAUGAUUACAGCACGUCCGAUAAAGCAUAAAAGCCCUCAGUGCUUGAAAUUUUACAUUAAAAUCUUAGGUGUAAAUUAGUGAGAACAUUUUAUCAAAUAGUGGUAUGCUUUAAAAACAGUGUAUUUUAUUGUAAUUAUUACUAUUUUUUUUAAUGUUUUCAAUCAUUUUUCCUUACAGUAAAUUUUAUUUUGAAGUUUCUAAGUUACUCAUCAAUGAAGUUUUUUUAUGUUUUCAAAUCUUAAGAUUGGUUUAAUAUCUUACCCCAUAGCUGCGGAAGAUGAUAGCAAUAUAAAAUAGCUGUACAACAUAUUUUAACAUAUACAUUUUUUAAGUGUAUUCCUAUAUUGAAAACUAUUUUAAGACUUAC